GUCUAGUUGCACUUUAUUGGAUCCCUAAAGCACAAACCUUUCUGGUUUAGCUGGGCUGCCAGGAUGAGCUAUUUUUAAGGAAAAAUUACACGCGACUACUGAAAAGGUAAAGGAAAAGUCCAUUCGAAAACCGUAAAUCUCUGAUUAUGGUAAAAACUCGAAGCAAGCUUGAGUGAGUUGCAGCUGCUGAACAACUUAUUCCAAAUGACUACAUCGACCCCAUCGGUCCUAAAUCUCUCUGUUCUUUCUUCUUCCACCUCCGUUGAUCUUCGGCCGGCCAUCACUCCGAAAUUCCUUCCAUCCAAUCCAAUCAACUGCCCUGCUUUUACCUCCCUCCCAAAACCCUCACCUCGUUCACCAAUUCCUUCUCGGCUGAGAACAGCAGCAACUCCCAUGGCCGCCGAGCAAAGCGGAAGCGCCGUCGACAACCCCGAUGGAAUCAUGAAGCUACUGUUCGUGGAGAUGGGAGUCGGCUACGACCAACACGGGCAGGAUAUAAAUGCUGCGGCGACGCGCGCUUGCAGGGACGCUAUCUCUUCCAAUUCGAUUCCUGCUUUCCGUAGAGGGUCUAUUCCUGGAGUCUCAUUUGAGCAAAUGAAACUACAGAUCAAACUGGGAGUCCCACAUUCUCUGCAGCAGUACGUGGAUAUAGAGCGGGUGAAAUCCGUGUUCCCAUAUGGGAAGAUUGUGAGUGUUGAAGUCGUUGAUGGUGGACUGAUAUGCUCAAGUGGUGUACAUGUAGAAGAAAUGGGUGAUAAGAAUGAUGACUGCUACAUUGUGAAUGCUGCUGUUUAUGUUGGCUACUAGUUUUUCCUUUCCCUUUCCAAGGUUUCUUCGAGGUUAGCAUCCUCUUGUUGUUGACCUGGUUUAGUUUUCUUGUAAAAUACCCCAACUUCUAUCAGCUUUUCCGAAGACUAGCUUGGACCAUCUGUAGUCUGUUCCUGCUUGUAUUCUUAUGUGCUGUAUUCUCUCUUGACGGUUUCAUCAGUUUUAACGAUUUUUCUAUGCACUAUGAUUAUAUUGGUUCUCUCGUUAGAUGACCCAUUAAUUUAGUUUCUUAAGAACUACAUUAGGACUGCUGAAUUGGAACCUUUAGUCUUCUAUUAUCUACUAAUGGUAGUCAAUUUGACGAAUUGGUAGCUGAGAAGAAUGUUAUUGAGAAUGCAUUGCU